CUCUCUUCAUCUGCUCCACUUAUCUCGAUCGAUCGAUAUCCCUUCUCUUAGAUUCUUUUACAUCUUAUCGUUUUCUUCUAUUACAGCUUUAUUUUGUGUUCCGGUCGGUUCGAUCUUCUGAUGCGAGGCUGAGGGACAGUAAUGGAGGAAGUAAUGCCUACUUGGUCAGAUGUGUCGGAAGAGGAGCUCGUGAGAGAGCUUCUGGACGAUCAGUCUCCUUUCUUUGUGUUACCGGAGAAGACGACUGAACCCAAGACAAAUGCUUUCAACGAAGACGCCAUUAACCGGCUCAUCUCCACCGUCUAUUCCGGGCCUACAAUUGGAGAUAUUGAGAAUGCAUUAUCUGUAACGACUCCCCGAAAGGACCACCAACUCCAAGAACUCUCACAAGCCAGAAUUUCUAUAUUAGAAAGAGGUUUAAACAAGGUUGAGAAUAAGUACACUCUGAAAAUUAAGAGCUUUGGCAAUGUGAUGGCUGAUGACGGAUAUAAAUGGAGGAAGUAUGGACAGAAGUCCAUCAAGAACAGUCCAAAUCCCCGGAGCUAUUACAGGUGUACAAAUCCAAGGUGCAGUGCAAAGAAGCAGGUGGAAAGGUCGAGGGAGGACCCAGAGACACUUAUCAUCACCUAUGAAGGGCUCCACUUACACUUUGCUUACCCAUACUUUUUACACGACCAAAACCAGUAUGUGGAUCCAGCAAUCAAAAAGCCCAAGAAGACUAUCUCACAGGCGCAGGCCCAGGCCCAUGAAGCUCAAGAAGCCCAUGAGAGCCCAGCAAAUCUUACUACUGGGCGGCCGGUAUCAAGCCCACCCGAGGACCGAGAAGGAAUUAUUAUGGGCUCACAAGGGUUGCUUGAAGACAUGGUGCCAUUCAUGAUCAGAAACCCUCCCAACAAUACAUUCUCAAAUUCUUCUUCUUGUUCGUCUUACCGCUCGCCUCCAACUUCACCUUCUUCUUUGUCUUGGUGUCCUAGUUAUUCUGCUACAUGUUUUGAUAUAGGCAUCUAGCAUUAGAUUUUAUAAGGUUAAUUACCUUUGGUGGGUGAAAAGUGAAAACCGAUGAGGAUUGAAUAAUAUAUAUUCAGUCCAAGAUCAGCAAGAUAUUAUCUUAAGAUCAGAUUAAUAUAGAUUUCAAAGUCGUUUAAUAUAAAGCAAGGGACAAUCUUUUAGUUUAUAGCUAGUUAGUUUAUUUUGAUCUUUCAGCAACUUGUAAAAUGUAGGGGGUCGUCUUGGACUCUUGUGUUGUGUAAGAAUAAUCACAAGCACUAUUUAGUAAAACUCAAUUAUUUCU